CUCCUUUCUUCAGUUUUUGGGUUUAGUUUUUGAUUCGUUUUGGGUUUGUUUUUACUUUCUCAUGCCGCCGCCGGCGGCUGCUGCUGCUGCUGCUGCUGUUCGAGGGGAGAGGGGGAGGAGUAGGCGAGUAGCGGUGGUAGCUUUAGGGAGAGAGAAAUCUACUAAUCUAGGCUCUAAGUGCGGAAAUUAAGCGGUAAUUUUAUCGUUUGCAGCUGCGGAAUCAGGGGGAUAUAAGUGUGGCUUCGGGACGGCGCUUCCCAUCGGACACCGGCGCCUUCGCGGACUGGGUAGCCUCAUCCGCGGCGGCGGCGGCCGCGGGACGAGGCGACGACCUCUCGCUCGGGUUCAAUGCGAGCGCAGCGGCGGCGGCGGCGGCGGCGGCCGCCUCCGGCGCCUCGCUGGGCGCGGGGCUGUGGGGCCCGGCCUCGUCCAUCGCCGCCUCGCGCCAGGCGGUGAACUACGGGAUGGCCGACGUCGGGAUGGUGGUCGUCACCCCGGCGGCCUCGUUCCACCACACGCACCACCAUCACCACCACCACGAGGCGGCGGCCGCGGCGGCUGCGGCUGCGGCGGCGGUCGAUCCUAUCUUCCCGCUGCUCUCCGCCGGCCCCUGCGUGCUUGAUCCGGAUAAGUCGGCGUCCGCCGCGGCGGCCAGCAGCGCGAUCCAAUUUUGGCAGUCGCAGCCGCCGCCGCAGUCGCCGUCAUCGGCGGCGGGUGGUAACCCUAACCCUAGCGCCAGCGCCUUCCCCUACCUUAAGAAGCCCCUCCCGAUGCUGGACACCGGCGGCGGAUCGUCCGGCUCCGGCGCGGCCACGUGCCAGGACUGCGGCAACCAAGCGAAGAAAGACUGCGGCCAUCAACGCUGCCGCACGUGCUGCAAGAGCCGCGGCUUCGAUUGCUCCACCCACGUCAAGAGCACCUGGGUGCCGGCCGCUCGCCGCCGUGAGCGCCAGCAGCUCGCCGGCUCCGGCUCCGCCUCGUCUUCCCCAGCGACAGCCACCACGGCAGCCGCCGCCUCCGCCUCCAAGAAGCCUCGCCUUCUCACGUCCCAAACGACGACAUCGCACACCUCCACCUCCAACGCCACCACUCCUCGCAGCUACGACACCACCUCCAGCCAUCAAGACCCGUCGUUUAGGGAGAGCUUGCCGAGGCAAGUGCGCGCCCCGGCGGUGUUCAGGUGCGUGCGCGUGACGUCCAUCGACGACGGCGAGGACGAGUACGCGUACCAGGCGACGGUGUCCAUCAACGGCCACGUGUUCAAGGGGUUCCUGUACGACCAGGGAGUCGACGACGGCCGCCUCGCGGCCACGAGCAAUGACGACUCGACGGCCGGCGUGCCCAACAUCUCCGAGCUCCAUCUCGGCGGGGCGUCCGUUUCCGGGCCCGGUAGCAAUGCCAUGAGGGAAGGUGGCUCCUCCAUGGUGCCGUCAGACUUGUACGGAGGCGGUAGCGGCGGCGGAGGAGGCCACCACAUUCUCGGCGGGUCGAGCUAUGGUAACACCAUGAACUGAGCUUCCUAUAGAAGAGUGAGGGACGCGUGGGUUCUUGGCUUGGCUUUGUGCUGAUAGAGCAUCUUCUACCUGCAUUGGAACUUGUAUCCGUGACGACAAUGUGCAAUGCAUGUGAUUAGAGCAUUCCUGCCCAUAUUAUAGGCAUCUUAUUGUUGUUAAAUUAUGUUAGCGAGAUUAUGGCUGCCUCUUCUUCUUUUGACAUGUUGAGGGCAAGGGGAGGCAGGAUCAUGGUGGUUUCCUGCUCCCUUCACUUCAUUUUUUUUGUUCGAGUCCCCAUAUUUAUUCCUUGUGCCGGAUCCCAUCGAGGAUGACGCGAUGUGAAAAGAAAGAAAGGUGUGGUAAAAGCAUAGCCAUGCACUGGUUGCACAAAGACACAUGCUUUUUAGUUUACGGCUGUUUCUUUCGUUCCUUUACUCCUUGUCUUGGAUUACAGUACGCUGUACCGUAUUUUCAUUUGCUUUGCCCCUGCGAAAAUUUUGGUCGGCCUGCUUAGUACGCUGGGGCCAGUUAACUGCACAUGGUCUCGUCUAGGCAGUCAUGAGCUGUGAAGAACUUCUUAAUAUUUUGGAUUGAUGUGGUCCGGUUAUCUUAUCCUCAACAAAUUGCUGUUAUCUCAUGAAUGCGAUCAAGGCCUUGGUCCAUUUCGCCCUGUCGACUGUUGCCAACAUUUGGGGACACGUUUACUGUUCAUAUUGCUUUAUUUGAUGUAUCAGAAAGUAUUCAUAGGCCCUGGCAAGACGAACUUUGUGAUCAGU